AAAUGUGACUUUUUUUAUUCAAGUAGAGUAAAGUUAUCGAAAUGACAAGUGCUGCCUCAGAAGAAUUUGCACGGGCGGUAGUUAAGAAGAGUGUGGCCAAAAUAUGCGUGGAGUUGGGCUACACUUCCAUAAAUGGAAGUUCUCUCCAGGUCAUGGUUGACUUAGUCACGAACUUCUUUGCAAAGUUUGGAGUGCUGAUGAGGGUCAACGCAGAAGAUUACUGUGAGAGGACCAUCAAUGAGGUGGAAGAUGCUUUCUACGCACUGGACCAGCUGGGAAUGUCAGUGGAAGAACUAUUCGAGUGUGUGCGGGAGUUCAAUCCAGGAACUCUGGGACUGGAAGUGCCCCUUUUCCCCGUUCCCAUUCCCCCUACUGCGGGAGGAGGAGAUAUGAAGAACGCAGACUUCUUCGACCCCUCGACGGCAGAGGAGGAAGAUAUCAAGUCGUCAGUUGAAGCUGCUCAAAAUAAACAAGCUUUGAAAGAAGCAUCAACUAUCACUCCAAAAACAUCUCCCUUGAAGUCGCAACUGCUUACGGAGAAAAACAAAUCAAACAGAAAAUUAUCCGAGAGCUCGCCAACUAAACCUGUUUCAAUAAGCUUGUCUCAGACCACACCCCCGGGUGUCUUGAGAACAUCAAUAUCCCCCAUAUCAGCAGAUUUGGCACCCGUAACGUCCGGAGGAAUGCUGCCGACCAGUGUGACCUUGACAUACGAAGAGUCCGAGUUCGACUCUUCAAAAGCGCCAAUUUUGACACCCAAAAAAGUGUUCCUUUUGAAACAAAGUUUAUUGAAAAAACCAGAUCAAGUUGAAAUUGGCGGUGAAAAUUUGAGUGGAACUGUUUCUAGGAAAUUGCGAUUGGGUAUUGACGCGGGUGUUAGUACUACGACAAAAGACGACCGCGAGAAAUCGCCGCCUCCUAAAGAUACCUAUGUUCCUGAAAUUAAAGAAGUGGGUUCAAAAGCUAGUGCUGAAUCUGAACCGCCGGUUAGCAACGUAGAAUCGAGCACUAAUAGCGGGACUGAAAACCCAGUUAGCAGUUCCACAAAGCCGGCGGUUAAAGAAGCCGAGCCGACUAAGGAGACUGUUUUGGUGAAAACGCUUCCGAUUCCACCAGCUAAUGCGAAACCGGCAAGUGCGGUUGAUUAUGAAACGGAAACAGAAAAAGUUGUCGAAGUUCGCGGAAUGAUUAUCAAAAAAGUCAAAACAGAUAAAGCUUUGCCAGUGUUGCAUUUCCCUUCCAUGCCUUUGCCGAAGAAAAAGUACCAAACAAAGAAGAAAGAGGAAUCUCCAAAAAUGCAGUUUAAACUGGGGUCACUUUUAACCGAAAAACAGAAAAUGAAACUAUCAGCUCAGAUUCAACAAGAACAGGAGUCAACGAAGCCUUCAGGAGGCUCUGGUGUCAAAUCCGAAGGUGGGGAGGAAAGUAGUGAGAUAAGCUCACAAUUUUCCCAAGAAGAAGAGGAUACCUCAGAAAUGUUUGACGAUACUUCCGCCGACUCUAGUUAUGAAGAUAUAGAGAUCUCCGAGCAGCAAGAAAGCACAGAAUUUAAUCCGAGUCAAAAUCCAGUCAAGAUUGAAAACAUUGAAAGUGAGGAAGAGCAACAAGAAAAUCAAGAGAGUAGCUUGCUUCCAAGGGUUGUAGAUGUCAAGUCUUGUGCAAAUGAAGAGCAGCAGGAAGAAUUGGAACCUCGAAGUUUUGAGUUAAAAUUGAAGGAGGAAAACUCCGAGGACUAUGAAGAUAAAAUUGAAAGCUGCACGCAGAGCGAUUCAGAGGAGCUGCAGACUCCGAUGAUUCCAGAUACCCCUGAUUUGAGCACCCCUAAAGAUAAAUUCUCCACUAUGUUCAUCACACCCCUCCUUGUGAGUAUAAAAGAGGAAGAUAGUUCAAGAGUUGUUCCGCAACUGGCGAGUAACUUGGAAAAUGUACAUGAGAGUUUCCAAGAUGAAGGUCUCGAUAAACGUCCGAGGAGUCCAGAGAUAGAUAUUGGUUUGACUGUCACUCAAUCAGCGAAUGAAGUAAAGGAGGAAGUUUUGGAUUUGGGUGAAGAGACGGAUGCCGAAAGUGACGUUGAGAAGCCUUGUUCACCAGAUCUCGACUUAUUUCCAACUUCAUAUCCCAAGACUGACCUACCUGUUGUACUUGCUCCAGAGGUGAAGCUCGAUCCUCCUUCCCUGUUGCGACCAAGGGUACCCGUAGUCACAAUUGAGUCAGACGGGGAAAUUGAGAUCCCCCCUUCACCUGACCUCAUACCUUUGAGUCCUUCGACCUCAACCGAAAUUCCUAGGUCACCGAAUCUGGACGCAGAUUUAAACUCAGGUCCCAAUUCAGUUGGAGUUACCAGUCCAACCGCAGAAUACAACCCUGCCCAAAUCCAGCCAGCGUAUCAUUAUCCAGUUUCAACUACAACAACGGCACCUCCUGAAGUUUUCGGUGGGAGAAAGGAAACGAUAUUUAACCCACCCAGUCCAAAUUUGGUCGGCGGUGAUGGCGCUCAUUUGCCAAACAGUGAAUUCAAUCCGAAUCCAGAAAAAGUGUCAAAAUUAGAUUCAGUGCUCGAUUUUGAUUUCGGAAUACAGUUCCAAGAUGAAGGAAGUUCAGUAGAAGAAACGCCAAUGCAUCAUAAAACAAAAGAUAAAGAGAAAUCUUCUGGACAAAGCAAGAAAAGGAAACACACAUCCGAGCAUAAGUCGAAGAAGAAGCACAAGAAGAUGAAAAAGGAGUAUGUUGACCUUGUAGAGGACGAAGAGGAUGAGAGUUCCUUUGGAGGGUUUCGUUUCAUCUUGAAGUUCGGAGGGAAGAGUGUUACGCUCGGUGAAGAAGGCCAAUCGGAAGACGCAGCCACAGUUUCCGAGCCUACAACAGCAGUCCCUGACGCAGAAAUGAAUAACUCUCCAGAAGCAAACGAAUCAGUUAUGGACUUGUUAGAACCAAGCAGUGGGAAGAAAACUGUAGCGUCUAAGAAGCAGAAGGAAGAUAACAUGCGAGAUUUGUUGGCCAACGCUGAACUGAUGCAAAAAGCUGCUCCUCCUAGUUUGACCAUUAAGGCCCCAUCUGUUUCAUCAAUUGGCGAUCAGAUUUCCUCUCCAAUUACCCCUGUGGGAAUAAGAGACAGCGACUUCACCAAUACCAGUCCCAAUCUACCUCCUCUGGUGGGCACUGCAAACCCAGACUAUUAUCACCCCACACCUGCUUCAUCAUCAACUGCAUUAAUACACAGCGCUGGUGGUGUGAUCAAAUUAGAACCCGGUGGAACUGACGUGUUGGGAGCAGAGCCAGGUGGCGCGGGGGAGGGUCAGGAGUGGAUUUGUCCGGGAUGUGGGUUCGCAGAUAACGGACACAAUCCCAUGAUUGGGUGCGACCAGUGUGACGCAUGGUAUCAUUGGCAGUGUUUGGGAAUUACAGAAGAGCCACCAGAUGAAAAGUGGUUCUGCCCUAAGUGCAAAUAUUCCAAAAGCAACAAAUCAGCUCAACUAACCAAGAAGAAAAGUAAAAAGAGCAGCUCAAAACGGAAAUGAACCCAAAAAUGGGAUUUGAAUUUAUUGAAACUCGAUGUUAUAAAUUACUAAGCAUAGUAUAUUUAUUGUUUAACCAAUAUAU